GCAGAAUAUCACUGCGGACUGUCCUUUUGAAGAUAUGAUCUCAUAAUAAUUUUAGGUUCAUGACAAAUCUUUUUCUUGGCUUGGCUAUUUGUGGCAUUGUGCAGACUAUGGAUGCUUCUCAGUGGCUUCAGUUACUGUUCAGUGCCCGCAUUGUGGAGCUCCAUUUGACUGUGAGUGACGCGAAACUUGCCUUUUAUGCAAGCUUGUUCUUCACCACAGAGGACAUCACCAAGCUCAGGGGGCUGUCACAUUCAGCAUCUUUUGUGGAUUUUCUUGAGGCACUUGCGCGACUGGCAAGUAGGCUAAGGAUUCCGAAUGAGGACGAUGUGAAAAUAUUUGUCAGUGAUGGGUUCAAGUAUGUUACGUUUCAGUACUUUGAAAACUUGUUUCAGCAAUGGCCAUCGCUGCCAUGGCAGAGACAGACACCAUCCGGAAAGAGUCGGCCAAGUUCAAGGACAAGCACAGAUCGCAGUGUGAUUCUACUCACACCGCAGGCUGAAGGAAAGAACGAAACUGAGAAGAAGGUGUCCUUUGGUGGAAAUGCACGAACCGCAUCACAGUUGGAGUUCGGAAUCCGGUCACGUCAGAGUAACAGCACAUUCAGUUCCAUGACAACAACUCCGAAGAGGACACCAGAUGCUGGGAUUGGCAGGAGAAACUCGCCAGAUGGUGCUGGUGGUGUGUCGCCCUUGCUCCCUAUGCCGGCCAAGCGAACACCCACAUCCAGGGGGGAGCUGGAGAGCCUCGCUGAAGGAACAGCGCCAAGUACAGCACCGAGCAUGUCCUUUAAGAAUCCAUCUAUAACAAGUCCCCAGUAUUCGAUAUCUGGAACGCCCAGUGCCCGUGGAAGCUUUACUCUACAGCGCCAGGGCAGCUCCAUGGACCAGUACCGUGCGCCUACUGCCCGCAGGUCAUCCAUCGUUGGAAUUCGAAAGAACUCAGACAAAGGGUUGCAGAGACUUCUGAGUGGGGAAGCAUGGCAACAACAAGACGAGGAGGUCCGCAACAGACGUAGAUUGUCAUUACCAAUAUACGAUUUUGGUGACAAUCCCGCCACACGUAGAGCAUCACUACCAUCUUUUGAUUUGGCUGACAAAGGCAAACGAAGAGCGUCUGCAUCAUCUGUAACUGGAGAUCUCUUGGCUCAGUUCAAACUGGCAUCCAGGCAACCAAGCUUAGCCUAUGUCCGACAACUUCGUAGGAUCAAUUUCCCUCUCCUUAUAAAGAAAUCCCUCUGCGAACGGGUGAAGCGCGACCAUCUCAUGUGGCUCAACUUCAUUUCUACUGGCACCUCUGGGAGCAUAAUAUCUAAUGGGACCACCAACUCAUUGGCACAAGCAUAUGACAGCAGUUUGGAAGACCAUCACAGAAGUGUGAAAGUUGCCACCUAUAAGGUUCCCAUGGUGGAAAGCUCAGAGAUUGACAGCUUGUUUGAUGUAUCAGCUGAUCCGCUUGAUCCUUUGCCCGGGAAAUUGCAACAACUCAUCGAACUAAUCACUUGUGGGCUGGCAAAGACAUUCCAGCUUCAUGACCCCCAAAACCUGAAAAAAUAUCUCCUAGCACAUCUAAAGGACAGCAACAAUUUGGGACCCCCAAAGCCGUCCUAGGUAGGAUUGCUCCUUUAUGUCGGAAGUCUUUGUGAUUAACGCAGACGAACACUUCGAAUGGGAGCAGCAGCCAUAAGACAGCCGAUUGCACCAUUUUCUGUUUUGCGAGAAGUAAUGCCCUGGCAAGCACCGUACGAAGGUUGCUAAGCUUCUUCUGUUUCUUUUCCAUGCAUCUGUUCCCCACUGUCCAUAGACUCCAUACUCAUCUCCCUCCUCCUCCUCCUCCUCCUCCUCUGCUGUUCCACCUCUCCUACUCCGCCGACGGACCUCCGUGGGGUCCAAAUUAGCCCAGGACAGAGUAAGCCAGUGAAAGUC